AUUGGAUUUGAAUUCAUCAUUGAAUUUGCAACAUGAUUGUCAAAAACAUCAUUUUUGAUCUCGACAACGUCCUUCUACGUCUGGAUUCGUCUGCGACAGCCAAAAAGUUCCAAGCGUUGGGUGCUACCGACCUUGGUCCUUUGUCUCAAUAUAGCCACUCUACUCCCAUUGUUGGAUUUGAAACGGGAAAGAUCUCUGCAAGAGAAUUCCGUUCCACGAUCCGAUCCUCCAUUGGUUUACCAGCCUCUGUGACGGAUGAGCAAUUUGAUGAGGCCUGGAAUGCCGCCCUCCUGGAUUUCCCCAAGGGUCGUCUAGAGUUGAUGAGGACUCUGAAGAAGGAUUUUGGAUACAACGUUUAUUUACUGAGCAACACGAAUGCGAUCCAUGUUGAAUACAUCAACAAGGUGUGCCUCAAGGAUUCCAAACAGGAUUCAUUGGACGUGUUCUUUGAUAAAGUUUAUCAUUCACAUGAGAUCGGACAUCGUAAGCCGUCCAGGGAGGCAUUCGAACAUGUGUUGAAGGAUCAAGGCAUUAAUGGAUCAGAGACACUUUUCCUGGAUGAUAUGCCUGAUUAUGUUGAUGCUGCCAAGACAUGUGGAUUGCAGGCAGCCCAGGUUGAUGUUGAGACAGAUCUAGGCUUUCUUCAGCUUCGAUUUUAAGUCAUAAUAGUGCUAAAGAAAAGGAAAAAAUAAAAAUAAAAAUAAAAAUAAAACAAUAUAGGU